UUCGAGUCCAAGAACCCACUUGAGCAUGACUUUCGUCUCGUCCUUGUGCGCGCCCGCGCCAUUGGCCGGCUUCUCCCCUUUGAACAAGGCCCGCCGCGUGCCUCUUGCCACGUCCGCCGCGACCGGCAAGGCCUGGGAUGCUCGGUACAGUCACCCUGUGCCUCACGAUGCGUCGUAUUACGCCAAGUGCAUGAUUGCCGGCGUGUUGUCGUGCGGUGGUACCCACACUUUGAUCACUCCUUUGGAUGUGGUCAAGUGCAACAUGCAAGUGUCCCCUGGCAAGUACUCGAGCCUUUUGCAAGGUUUGAAGUUGGUUGCUGCUGAAGAAGGUUCGGCCGCCUUGUUCAAGGGAUGGGCGCCAACUGCUAUCGGGUACUCUGCUCAAGGCUUCUGCAAGUUUGGUUUCUACGAAAUCUUCAAGGAUUUCUACUCCAACCUUGCUGGGGAAGAAAACGCGUACACGUACCGUGGCGCGAUUUACCUUGCUGGUUCGGCGUCUGCGGAAUUCAUCGCAGAUGUCGCGCUCUGCCCCAUGGAAAUGGUCAAGGUGAAGGUCCAAACGUCGCCUGCCGGUACUUUCCCUACCGCGCUUGGCCCUGCCAUGGCUGCCAUGAAGGCCAACGCGGCCGAAACCCGUUACCCGUUCGGAUCGGUCGUCCCGUUGUGGUCGCGCCAAAUCCCGUACACGAUGGCCAAGUUUUUCUUUUUCGAAAAGGUCGUGGAAAUGUUCUACUCGAACGUGUUCACCAACCCCAAGGAGUCGUACCCCAAGUCGACCCAGCUCGGCAUCACGUUUGCCUCUGGUUACAUUGCCGGUGUGAUUUGCGCUAUUGUGUCGCACCCCGCCGAUUCGCUCGUGUCCCUCAUGGGCAAAGCCGAAAACAAGGGCAAGAGCAUGGGCCAAAUUGCGAGCGAAACGGGUGCCGUCAACUUGGCGACCAAGGGCCUCGGCACGCGUAUCAUCAUGAUCGGGACCCUCACCGGUCUGCAGUGGUGGAUCUACGACACGUUCAAGUCGGUCAUGGGCAUGGGUACGUCGGGCGGUGCUGCCCCCAAGAAGUAAGCGCGCGCGCGCGCGACGACGCAUGACGGGGAUAUUUAGACGACAUCGGUUUGAUCUAAUGUAUACACAAACAAUCACAUUGUCCUCCGCCAUCGUCCACGGUCUUGGCGCGCCGAUGGGAAUGCCAA